AUGUUGCAAGUUGGUUUACUGUCCGCCGGUUGUCAGCCGUGGAACGUCGACGUCUGCGAUUGCGCCGGCAAGAGAUUUGCGUACUGCGCAUCACUUGCCGUCUACGUCUACGAGUUUACAGAGUCUCUCGGUACGUUCACUCCAAUUUGCAUUUUUUCCGAAUAUCGAAAUACGAUUACGUGCAUCUUCUGGUGUCCCACAAAUCACGACAUACUGGCGGUUGCCAGCAAAGACACGGAAUGUCAGCUGUGCAUCUGGGACGUCAGUAAAGAAGUGAAGGUCGCCGUCCUGAAGACAGACGACGUGCCCGUCUGUUUAUCCUGGAUAAAAUCCAAUCAAAACGUAUUGAGUUAUUCAUACCUGAAAGGACCUAUAAAAUUGUGGACGUACCAAAGUGGUGCAAACAGCGUUGUUAAGGACAGUGGAGGUUUGUCAUCGGGUGUUACACUGAUGAGGUGGCAUCAUCAGACAUCAGGGAGAGUCGUGGUUGGACAUAAAGAUGGGAGUCUAUCUCUGUUUCAAGGGGGGUUGAAAUCUAGGAAACAUUAUAUGAGGAUUGAAGGGGGGAGUAAGGAUGGGGCGGAUGAGGUUGUGGCGUUGGAGUGGGAUUGUUUGUCUGAGGAUUAUUUGUUGGUGGCGAAUGCGAGUUCUGGGGUCAGGAUGUUGGAUAUGACGACGAGUUGUGUUGUGAUGGUGUUUGUUUUGCCGAGGGUUGCUACUGCUGUGCGUUGUUUGUCGUGGCUGGAUGAUGCUCCGGGAAUGUUUGUGACGGGAGAUACGAAAACUGGAGAGCUACGUGUAUGGACUGUAUCCCAACCGUCUCCACUCGAAUCAAUUCACAUCAAAGACGGCGGUUUCAUCGCUCUAAGUGUUCUCCCCCAACUCAUAUUAUCAUCAACAUCAACAUCAUCAGACUACACGCCUGUCAAAGGCAUAGCCUGCACGUUACCCAAAAUGCACGUAACAUGUGCAUUUAUGGAUGGAGGAGUUGGCGUUUACGAUUUGAGCAAGAAGAAAUGGACUUUCUUGAGAGAACAGGGUCAUUCUGAGACGAUCUUUGAUUGCCAGUUCAAGCCGUCGUCGUGUGACGUCUUGGCGACCGCUUCGUUUGACGGUACAAUCAAAACGUGGGACGUCAACAGCAUGAAAAUGCUUGCCAGCUCUCCUGGCAAUGAAGGCAUCAUCUAUGCAUUAUCGUGGUCUCCAAAUGGUACCGACUCUGUAGCUGCUGCUACGGCAUCGAACGGUGUGAUUAUAUGGGACAGUGGGACAGGAGAGAUCACACACAGAUUUACUUCGCAUACUAGCAGGGUGUACAAGGUAUCUUGGAACAAGGGAGAUCGUGAGCUUAUUGCGUCGUGCAGCAGUGAUUUUACAUGCAUUGUGCACAACCUUUCCGGCCGCAUUGUAAAGAAAUUCAAGCAUCCAGAUGCUGUUUACGGCUGUGAUUGGAAUCCAUCAUACAAAGACUUGCUGGCCACAGCAUGUGAAGACGGCAUCGUCAGAGUCUUUAAUUGCGGAGCCAAUGCUGCAGCACCAUAUCGACAGUUUGAAGGUCACACGGAGAAGGCGUUUGAUGUGUGUUGGUCGCCGUUGAACUUGAGAGUUCUGUGCAGCAGCUCUAAUGAUGGAACUGUGAGAGUGUGGGAUUGUGACUCGACGUAUAAUACUGUAUUAUAUGGUCAUACUGGAUACGUCCGUGGGGUCGUCUGGAGUCCAGAAAUUCCUCACUUGCUACUGUCUGGCAGCUGGGAUGCUACAAUACGAGUGUGGGAUACGCGGACUGGAGCUUGCAUUGAUGUAGUUCGCGACCAUGGAGCAGAUGUAUACGGUCUCGCUAUUCAUCCUAGUCGACCGUUUGUGCUGGCGUCAACAUCGAGAGACUCAACCGUCCGACUUUGGUCUCUUCAGCCUCUAUUUUGCCAACUGCAAAUGAGCAGCAUGACUCGUCAACCAUGGAGUGAAAUCUUUGCAACUGUGGAGCAGUGUUUAGUUGUAGGGGGACCCGUAAGGAUGAGUGGUAAGAAGAGUCCAGCUAUGCUAAAGUCUGUCAUUGAAGCGUGUGGAGAGAAGUCUAGUUUGAUGAUGUGGAAACAUGUAACUGAAUUCUUUGGGUAUCCUGGCUCAUUGACGAAUCUUUGGGAGCUUGUUGGUCUCAUCACCGAUGAGAGUUGGAAACCAUCCAAGUGUUAUGAGUCGGGUGUCAUGCUUGCAAAACAUCUCGCACGGUACACGGAGGCAAAGGCAGAAGAGAUGGUGAGUGUGCAAAUGAGCAAAUUCCACGAGAUAGGAAGUAUGAAGAAAGAAGACAGACUAAGAAAGGCAGCUAACAUGAGACUGAAACUCGGUCACAUCAAGCAAUAUUGCGAACUGAUGAUACAAGUUGGCAACUGGGAGAACGCAUUAGUAGUGGCACCGGCUGUAUCACUUUCCUACUGGAAAUCAUUAGCUGAAAGAUGGUCGGAUCAGUUGAUAUUAACAAGUAGUGAUGCUGCAUUACCACUGAGUUUGGCAACUGGAAAUGUUGAGAAGGCGGCAAAAUUCCUUAACUCUCAACAGAGUUUCGAUGAUGCAUUGCUUAUUGCACAAGUGGCAUGUGAUGGUGGGUACUCGGGACUGUGUGUGGAUCUGGAGACAGAAACUGGAAAGGGAACGGAAAGACAAUCGGAUACAGAUGGUGCAGGAAAAAGACUCCACAACAUUGCCACAUCCCUAGCUGAUCAAUCGUCUUCUGCUGGGAAUCCCAUCCUUGCUGCUUGUCAUCAUUUGUCUGUAGAAGACAAGGAGGCUGCUGUUUGGAGUCUCUUUCGUGGUCAUCAGCUGGAGCUUGCGUUCUGUGUUGGGUCUGUUCUUGGUGUUGAUAGACCGACUCGUCUUGCUGCUAGACUGUUGGCACGACGGUGUGAGAGGCUGCAAAGAAGGGACAUAACCAUUCACUUCCUUCGCCAGCUUCCUGAUAGCGACCAUCAGCUACAUCUACUAUGUGCACGCAGUGAUGGAACACCACUGGAGCUUACGGAAUUAUACAAAACGGCUGGGCUUCCAAGCAUCGAUGAGUGUAUGUCUAUGGCAGAGGCUAGUAAGUCUUCAGAUCUGAAACAGUAUUGUCAUUGGGGCCUUCUCUCCAAACAUCCUCAUAAACCGUUUACAGCUGCACUUAAUCACAUCAAAGAUGUGGUGGACAGUCAGAAGUGGACGUUGAGUGAGAUAGAAAUUUGGAUUGAUUUUGUGGUGAACGUCAGACCGUCGUUUAUUCAGUAUCACUUGCCUGACAAGCAGAGAACCGAAUUGUAUGCUAUAGCUGCAUAUAUCGGUGGUUUACAAGCGAUGAAGAAAUGCUAUUUUUCUAUCGUUCCUGUACUCCUCACUCAUGCCUAUGAUCUACUGCCCAGUUUGGGCAAACGUGUUGUUGCCGAUGAAUUAUAUGCGUAUCGUGAGCAUCGACGCCACCAACUGGAUCCAUCGUAUGUCAUGUCCGAUAAAGUCAUACAGACCUGUCAAGAACUGGCAAAGAAGCUUGGACCCAUUGAUGAGUCGCCGAUGUGUGGCGAUGUUGUAGUUGCUCACUCUCGUCUGCCGACUCACUCAGAACUACAAACGUCUUUCUUCACACGACAACGAAUUCAUGGCCCUGUGUUUCUUCUCGAUGACGGCCACACUGCCAUUUCAAUGAGUGAAGCAUUGAUGUGGGCCGAAGUGAACCCGUUCAGUCCCCUGAAUUCUGGAGUUACCAUAAAUCCAUUCUGACGUACAGUACAAUUGAGUGACUGCAUGUUGGACUCUCUACAUGUAUACGCAAUGAGGACGAGUGACAAAUUGUAUGAGAAUGUGCUGAAUCACUUUGAAUCAAAUGACACUAAUAGUAAGCGAUUUAUUUUUAAUGAUUUAUAUUAGAUAAUAUUGGAGUUUAGAUAGAAAUGUG